CGACAACCCCGCCUCCUCUCUUGCUGCAACUACUACUUCUCAAGCUAUUAGUGGCAAUAUGGCGACGACCAUGGCAUCUCAAAUGCCACCUUCUAUGCUUCCUUCAAGCAGCCACUCGGAAGGGCGAUGGAAGUACCUCGACAACAUUAGGAAGGGCCAAGGCGGUUUCACCGAUGAAAGUUAUGAGAUCGACGAACACGGCAAUAGUACGAGCGGUGGUAGGAUUGAUAUCCAAGAACAGAUGAAGAUAUUGGUAAUAGGGGCUGGAGGCUUGGGUUGCGAGAUAUUAAAGAACCUAGCCUUGUCAGGGUUUAAGGACAUUCAUGUCAUUGAUAUGGACACAAUAGAUGUCUCAAAUUUGAACCGCCAGUUUUUGUUCCGCCAUAGCGAUGUUGGGAAAUAUAAAGCUGAGGUCGCUGCGAAGUUUGUCAUGAAACGAGUAACGGGUGUCAGAAUCACGCCCCAUAAUUGCAUGAUUCAAGAUAAAGAUGAUACUUUCUACAUGCAGUUUGGGAUGGUCGUUUGUGGGCUCGAUAGCAUUGAGGCACGGCGGUGGAUUAAUUCACAGCUGGUAGAACUGUUUGACGAGGAGAACCCAGACAGCCUCAAACCGUUGAUUGAUGGUGGGACAGAAGGUUUCAAGGGCCAAUCGAGAGUUAUAAUACCAACUAUGACUUCUUGUAUAGAGUGCCAACUUGAUAUGCAUGCCCCCCGCGCAGCAGUGCCGCUCUGCACGUUGGCCACGAUCCCAAGACAGCCAGAACACUGUAUCGAAUGGGCUCAUAUUAUCGCAUGGGAGCAAGAAAAGCCAUUCCCAAAACUUGACAAUGAUGAUCCAAAACAUAUCACGUGGCUCCAUGGGAAAGCCCUCGCCAGAGCACAAGAGUUCAAUAUCAGUGGUGUUACAUAUUCUCUCACCCAAGGCGUGGUGAAGAACAUCAUUCCUGCGAUUGCUUCCACAAAUGCAAUUAUCGCCGCAAGCUGUUGCAACGAGGCAUUCAAGCUCGCAACCUCGGCUGCCCCAUCGUUGGGCAUGGAGGAGAAUUAUAUGAUGUACAGCGGCAACGACAGCAUCUACACGUUCACAUUCAAACACGAGAAGAAAGACGACUGUCCUGUUUGUGGUAACCUUCCGCGUGACCUAGAGGUCGAUAAAGUAUGGACAUUGCAAGAGCUUAUUGAUGCUUUGGCAAUUGUUCCUGGCGCACAGUUAAAGAAGCCAUCUAUUCGUGCAGAGGGGAAAUCGCUUUAUAUGCGGAGCCCGGCGAGUCUCGAAGAAGCCACGAGACCAAAUCUCGAUAAGAAAGUCAGCGACUUCGUAAACGAGGGCGAUGAAAUUGCAGUUACUGAUCCUGCUUUCGCUCGCGUCAGUUUUAGAUUUCGCAUCAAGUACACAUAGGGGACUAGACAGUAGCGAUAUGUGGUCUCGAUAUUGCCAUAGAGAAAACCGGUUCACUUAAGUCAUGAGCAUGGCAGAGCAUAAUGUAAAAAACCAACAUAUGGC